AUGAAGAUCUCGAUGACGAGGCCCAGUAACUGCCAAAUCUGGAAGUGUUCAACGCCCGAUUUGGCAGUUACCUUGUCGCUGUGGCUUGCGACCCUGGACUUCGAGUGGCACACGGGCCUAGAUAUAGCAUACUCCGCCACUCCCGAGCAUAAUCCUUCAAGCUUCAUGUCGAACGGUGUUUCCUCUUCGACAGCCGCGCCAACGCGCAGAUUGCGAAAUACAAGGCAGCGCGAGGAGCGACGCGGGCGGACCACAGCUACACCCGCGUUGUUGGGUGGGAGACGCGCGAAACGAGCAAAUAAAGUGAAGAUCGAAACCCCUCCGGCCCACCUGCCUGCGCAGGAUGGAGAGCCUUCCCUACACUCGCAGCAGGCGGGACAAGAUGGACAGGACACUGCCUUGGAGUCCGAGCGCGAUCGUCGCGCAGGAUCUCCCCUUGCACCCGCAAACCUCUCGCCUAUAUUGUCGCACCUGCCAUCCCGACGUACCACUCCUCCCCGGGCACCUUCAAUUCCAGACGAAACCCUUAAUGCUGGCUUCCCUAGUGCUGAACCAAACCACGGGCUAUCAUCUUCCUCGCCUUUAACUGCCUCUGAAGGAGCCGAAUCUAUUCUCGCGGGUUCCCCCAGUAAACUUGCACAGCCUGGCAGGUCCUCGCUCAAGCGUAAACGAUCGCGACCUUCCCUGAUUCCUGGAGACGGAGACCAGCGUCGACGUUCCUUUCCCGUAUCGACGCAUUCCGGAUACAACCCCGUCCUCCCCCCCGCGAUUCCUUACAUUGAACCCUCCAAAUCAUUUACGCGUGCUCAGCCUGCGAAUCCAUUUCUCGGCCCACCCAAUCGAACACGUCAACGACGCAUCUUCCGGGCGAGUUCUCCUCUGGACUUGGACGAGGCGGUUCGUCCUGUCCUCUCUGCCGAUGAACCGAGCAAGGCGGGUCGCUCGAUUCUGAGGUCGUCCUCGUCUCCUCCACAGUCAGGUCGUACUCCGGCGAGCCGCAGAAGUCAGGCACCACCGCCCGACGCGAUUCCCGAUAUGGACGCAUCUGGGGCACUGAAUGAAGCUCUGCAAGACCGUGACCCGUACCAGAGUGCGUCCGCUGCAGGCUUUACUACGCAGCUAAAUCCACCACCACCGGCAUUCGAGCGAUCUCUUGUGUCCCCUGAUGCUAGACCUGGUUACCCCCAGGCUCACCGUGAGACUGAGGACAUUGUUCCUCCCGUUGCUGAACCAAGCCGUAAUAUCAAUGUCGCUCUUCCCCAACCGUCAUCUGCGAGUAGGAGCUCACCACUUACCAACAAUGUCAACGUAGAGUCAUCCGCGUUAUCGCAUGACGGGGCGCCUGCCGCUGGUCUUGGUUUAUCUGGUGUAACACCGAUCGCUUCACAUGGCAACGUCGGAGCAUCUUCGCAGGCUGCUGAGCCCUCUUCACGCUCCGCCGAUAUCCCGGAAAUGGUACCAAAUGGUCACUCGCCGAUCCACACCGAAGAUCUAAUUCAUGUCGAUCCACCAUUGAACCGAGAGCCUCACCCUCCGCAGGGCAGCCCAUCGAGAUCUCCGCAUUCCGUCGUGCCUCGUUAUCCGUCUCACCCUGCCACCCCGUCUGGGCGUGCCAGCUCGCCAGUGUCAGAAGGAGAACAAUGCGAGGGCCCCAUGUACGUGGCGGAUUUCACCUAUCCCCCACCCCCAAAGUACGCUGCCUAUGGGGCGAAUUGGCUUGACGCUAUGGCCGACACACUUAACCAGUCAAUGUCGUACUUGAAGCACGAGAUUCAGCAAGUAAUCGAGGAGAGCAUGGUUAUAUUCGCAGAGAUGACGCUGUUGAAGCAGGAAGUUGAUCGCGAGGAAGUAUGGAUGAACAAGUUCAUUUGGAGGAUUGAGCAGAUAUGUGGGGAGGCACUCGCGAAUGAUCUGCUGAACAAGGCAACCGAGGAGGCGAAGCGCGAAAUACAGGCUUGGGAGUUGGCCCGACGAGGCGACGCCAACUCAGACGCUACAGACGCGGGAUUUGAAGUUAGACCGUUGGAAGUGGAGGACCGGAGCGACAAUCCACAUGAAGAGCCUGUGGAGCCUGUUCGUCCAAGAGUUGACAAGGGCAAAAGGCGAGCCACCAGUGCUGAGCUCGAGUAUGAGGACGAAGUCGAGUCUUCUGCAGCACGAGAAAAUCUGUCAGAUGCUGCAGCCUUGGUCAUGCAGGCGUCCAACCUUACAGGCAGCGUGCCACAGGACGACCCUCACCAUCGCGUCGCAACUAGCCACCAUCUGAGUCCGCCGGUGGGUCGGAAGCGCUCAAGGGAGGAACGAGAGUGUGAAGGAGAAGACGUCCAGGAGAACGAUAGACUGCAGAAGAAACAUAAUCAUCGACUCUCCCGGUAG